GACCGUCUUUUAGCAGUGCUCCAGAUCUGCGAUGAGUUUUUCCAUUCAAGUGGUAUGAGGUUCCCCGAACUAUACGACCGAGUUGAAACCGAUUUUGAUGUUUAUGAGAUAAUCCGAAACAUUUCCGUCCCACUGGAGGAGAUAAUUUUGUUCUGUAGAAUAAACGGAGCUCAUUGCCAUGAACUUUUCUCCGAAACGGUGACCGACGAAGGAAUUUGUUUCACAAUCAAUGGCUUUUCUCACUACAACAUGUUUCAGGACGGAGUUCUGCAUAACGAGUAUAACUAUCUGAAUGAACCUAAAAAUGUCACUGGUUGGACCAUGGAAGGUGGAUACAGCAAUCCAAAGAAAAAACUUGAGUCACAUCCGAUUCGAGUGCUGGGAUCAGGGUUUGGAGCAGGAUUGAGCAUGGAUUUGCUGACUCCGCAAGAGGACGUUGAGCAGCACUGUAGAGCACAGCAAGGCUUCAAAGUGAUCAUUCAUCCAUCUAGCGAAUACCCUCAGGUGACAAAGAGCUUUUCUCUGGUGACCUAUUCUCGAGAUGUAACGAUUGCCGUCCGUCCGGUCAUCAUGAGAACUUCUCCAGAGUUACACAGUUAUGACCCUAGGCGUCGCCAUUGCUACUUCAACCAUGAGCGACAGUUGAAGUUCUUCCGAAUCUACUCUCAGAGCAAUUGCGAACUCGAAUGUGUCACCAACUACACGUUGAAGUCGUGCGGCUGCGUCAAGUUUUCCAUGCCUCGUUCUCCGGGGACGCGUGUUUGUCAGACUUCGGAGAUUGCUUGUGUUCUGAUGGCAGAGAACAGAAUGCUUCGUCAGUCUGCCAAGCGACGGUUGAAGAAGCUGGUAACUUAUGGCAGUGCAUGUGACUGCAUUCCUGGAUGCUCUUCGAUUCACUACGAUACCGAGAUUACUCAAUCGCAAUGUGACUUCCGGAAAACACUGGAGCUGAGGAUUGCACCGGUGAAUCCCAAUAUUGCGGAGAAUGUUAAACAGUAUCAAAUAUCCAAGCUGGCUAUUUACUUCAGAGAGGUGCAGUACAUAACGUCGAAGCGCAGUGAACUGUUCGGCAUGAUCGAUUUCAUAUCCAACUGUGGAGGACUAUUGGGUCUGUGCCUGGGAGUAAGCCUGUUCAGCGUCGUUGAACUUCUGUACUACUGUCUGGUGCGUCCAUUGCCUCUGAUACGGAAAGCAAUUCGUAAUAAGCAAACUGUGACCAUCGUUGCAGAGACUGUUGGUAAUCGGUUUUGAAUAGUAUGUUAACUUGAACUUGCUAAGGGAUUUUUGAGUUUUUUUUUAUUUCAUUUGCGAAAUUGGGUUUAACCGAUAGAGCUUAGUUUUCAACGUUUGACCUUCAA